AUGGUUUCUCCUCAAGGUGUCGCACUGGCGACCCUUCUGAUUCUUGGAGUGGUUCACGGAAAUCUUCUCGAUGAUUUGAAGAAGAAGUUCGGUGGAACAAGCUUCGGAGGAGGAGGCGGAGCAUCUUCGUCGUUCGGCAGCAAGUUUGGACUCUCCGAAAUUCUGAAAUUUCCAGUCAGCUCAUCCCUCGGAUCAGCAUCAGACUUCGACAUUCCAAAACUAGACGCCAGCAAGGCUUCAAUGGUUCACUCGAGCAAAUCUCACAAGGGACAUCAUAAGAGCAGUGGAUCCUCAUCAAAUACUCAUUCCCUGACAGUCGUGGGAGCUGAUGGAAAGAAUAUCACUCAGAAUGAUGAGACAAAGAGCGGAUAUGACAAAGAGUCAAAGGUUGAUGAGGCCAAUGAGAACACCAGGAUUCGAUCUGCAAAUGGAUCAGUGGUUAGUUUGGUUGAAACUGGAAAGAGCCACAACAAGUCGUCUGUUGAUGACAACGAGUAUGCCUUGGAGAAGCACCAACACGAAUCAGCUGAUAAGCUUGGAAACAAGAUUAGCUUGAACAGCAAUAAGGUUAACAACAAGACCAGAGCUGCUGCUCUUGACGAGGCCAAUGAGCCCUACAAUCUUCAAAAUGCUGAUGGAACUUUCAUCCGUAACGAAACCGGACACAAGAACUCUGACGAGCAUCUUAGCCAUCACAUCCUUGACGAGGACCAACAAAUGGCUCUCAACGCAGAUGGAACAUCUCAUAACACCACACACAGAAAAGGAUCGAUCGGAGAUUCUCAUAAAUCUGACCAACGUGCCUUCUCUAAUCACGAAAGUAUGGAUGCUCAAGGAAAUAAUGUCUCUAUUGCUAGCGAGAAACUUGCCUCUUCUGAUAAGGGAUCCAGGUCAGACUUUGAGCAAAAUACGGAGGCACAGAAAAACGCCGAUGGAACAUCAUUGUCCAAUGUCACUGGAAACUUCAAUAACACCAACUACGAUAAGGCAAUGCAACAGGAAGUUAUGCAAAAGAAACUGGUCAAUGCUGAUGGAACGUCUUCUCUGGAGGGAAGUCAUGCUGGAAGCAACAGCAGCAAGAUCAAUUCGUCAUCUGGAUCCAACUCCGCUGUUGAUAUUAUUGGAAAGAAUGGAACGUAUGUUCAUCAAGCUAACAAUAAUACUGACGAUUAUAAGUUGGAUGAAGCCAACCAAAGUGCUGGAAGUAUCAGUGAACAGAUUGGAAAGAAUGGAGUUAGAUCGCACAAUGAGUCAAGUAUUGAGAGUGGAAGAAAGGCCGAGAGCAGAAACAAGACAGCAAACAGUAUGGUCGAUACCAUGGACGAGAAGGGAACAAAAACCCAAAUCAACGACAAAUCCGCCAGUGGAACAUCUUUGGACGAGAACCACAAUCUCACUCAUGCUCUUCAAGAAGCUGUUGACGAGCACGGAAACGUUAGAGAUCAUUCCGUCGCUGGUGGGUACCGUAACAAGAAGACUGGAGAGUUCGAUAAUUCUGAAAAUCUUGCUUCGAUUCAUAACGCCGAUGGAACUGAAACCAUUUCGAAGAUGAAGAAAAACAUGAGCAGAAAUGGAUAUGAAGCUGAGAAGUUUGCAGAGGAAAUGACGAACGAGAAGAAUGCCGACGGAACUGUGUUCGUUGAGAACAAGGGAUCCAACUCGAAGGUCAAUAGAACUGAUGGAUUCUCCAAUAUCGCUGCAUCGCAGUACCAGAAGGGUCUCAAUGGAAUGAUGAGCAAUGAAACCACUGAUAUCGGAAGUUCCUUCAACUCAUCCGAUGAUGAGUCCAACCAAUUCAACCAUCUCCACCAGAUAGCUGCCAAUGGAUCGACCAUCGAUCACAACAAGGAUAGCAGACAAGUCGCUUCCUCUCUCAACAAUCAAAACCGUCUCAAGAGUUCCAUGGUUUCUGACGAUGGAGCUGGACAUAAGAUCAAUGAACAGACUGAAGAGGCUUCGGAUCUUCAUGACGCUGGAAGUGCUAGCAGUGAUAUGGACCAGAAGAGGGUUGUGAACAAGGACGGAACUUCUCAGAUUUCCAAUGACAGCAGCAACCAAACAGCAGUUGAGCAUAGCGAUUCGGAGAAGAAGAAGCAUCACAGAGGAGAACAGAGAGCUGAUGGAUCAUUCAUCGAGGAGAACAGUGAUUCGGAUAAGAAGCACUCGAACAAGGAUGCCACUGAUGAUAGACGCAAUGAGUUUAUUCACAAGGGAUUGGAUGGAAGAAUGCAGCAUGAAAUUAAGACCAGCAAUCUCCAGAAUCAUAAGAAUGAUACGGAUGAGGUUGUCAACUCUAGCCUCCAUGCCAAGUCUGCCAAUGGAACCGAGAUCAAUGACGUUCAACACUCGGAUGUUUCUCUUUCUGAUCUUCAGGAAUCUCAAGCCGCCGCUAAGAAUGCAGUACUGAAACUUGCUGACGGAAGCACUGUCAUCAACAAGGAUGAGAGUCAUGUCAACCACGGAAAAUCCAGAAACGACGCUGCAGCUUCCCACAAGAGAAAUCAAACAAAUGCUGAUGGAUCCAGUGCUAGUUUGGAUAUUGGAUCAAAUUCUCAUACGGAUUUGGAGACACGUGGCGAAGGAGGAAAGAAGGAGAGAUAUCAAGAUCUUGGAACCGGAAAAGUUAGCUCAAUGAGUCAAGGAUACGAGAAGACUCAAGCGAAGGGAGGAGACAAGUCUUCGAGUCAUGAUAGUUCAUUGACCAGUGACGGAAAGGGACACUUCGUGAAGAGCAACAAUGCAUCUGAUUCUCAUCAUGUUAUUGAUGAUAAGGACAUUGUCAGACAUAAGGAUGUCAUUGUCAUGUAA